CUUGGGACCCUUCAAAUGCUUCUCCUUCCUUUCGAGUGAAGGAUCAGCCGACACUGGUCAACAUGGUUCCUGACUUGUGGUGGUUCUGGCUUGUGAAAGGUCACCCAGACUCCCCGCUUCCCACGCUCCCGGCUGCUCGCGAAACUCACUGCAACCUCUUUCACUUUACCUUCCAUUAUGAUGAUUGCUAGUUACUCUUCCCGCCUCUUUCCAGUCUUUCUUUCUAGGUGCUGCGAUGUGCAGCAUAUUCACUCCUUUGAGUCGCUGACGAUGUGAUUGAGAAUGUUACCCAAACCUCGUCUUUGAACAAACCGUCCACCCACGCUCGUUAACCGAUACCACAUACUCCCUUGUUGCGCGAUCCUACUUUUUGCGAAACCGCGCAUCCACAAAUAUACACUGUUGUAGCCACAAUGGCGCGUGUACUUCUGUCUAUACUGGGUUCAAUCGCGCUUUAUGACGCGGUCACUGCACAGACUUUCAUGCCCACAGCUGCCACGAGCACGUUUCCCAGCUGCGCAGUCAGUUGUACGGUUCUGCUGCAAGCCCAGACGGAGUGCACACCGCCGGACGUCGCGACUACCAACGAUCUCACCUACGAGAACUGCUUCUGUCAAAGCAGUCUAUUAUCUGCCCUGUACAGUACACCCGACUCGGUUUGUACCUCAGAAUGCACGGCCGAGUCCGAUCGUACCGAGUUACAAACAUGGUUCGAGAACUUCUGUUCGGAAGUUGGUCAGGGCAUCGAUCCCUUAUCCACGACUACCACGACACCGACCCCAACCGCUACGACGAUCGUGACAAUCACCUCAACAAGAGCUCCAACAACCACAGCCACUGGGACUGGUAGCUCUGCCACAUCGGCCACUACAUCAAACAAGAGCUGGAUCCAAACACAUUGGCAAUGGAUUUUGAUGUUGGGCAUCCUCGUCCUGGGAUUCGUGCUCCUCACCUGGGGAGCGAUUUGGCUAAAGCGACGGCACAGGAGGAAGGUCGAAGAACGCAGGGCGGCAAUGUCAGGGCUUCCCAAGGCGAACGAGAAGGGAGGACAUCGUGCCGCGACGCCGGACCUUUGGGGGCCCCAUCAGCAUAUGCAACACACACACGGUUUCGAGUAUGCCAAUCCUUCAAUCAUGGGAAGUGGUGCUGUUGUUGCCGGCGCCCCGGCCAGCAAUGAGCGUGGGGAUAGACGGUCGAAGAGGGUAUCAUCAACCCAGCGCAAACACCAUGAAACUGAGACGACGGAACGUGGUGGUCGGCCGGCCGACUCCCGACGACACUCUUCAAAAGGCAAGACUAGGGGUCGGGAUUCAGCUGCCGAGGUAGAGUCUGAGAUCACGCCUGUAGUUGGAGAGCGAAGCAGGGAUCGAAGAAGGAGAGGUCCGGAUGAUGAAACGGAGAGCAGAAGCGACCGAAAGCACCAGAGGCGGCUUCGCGAAGUCAGAGGGAGCCGUCGGAUGGAUAACGAUCAGACAUGAACAAUGAUGAAUUUUUGAUGAAAGCAAAGCUGUGAUGCCUUUUGAUCCUUGCUUCGACUGACGCUUUAGCUUUGUCUACUUGGCUUCAAGCGAUUGACGACAUCGGCGCAGGAUCUGAUAUCGUUCCCUCAAGCAUACGUUGGACGAAGGACUCCGGUCGACUGUCCAGCCCUGUCCAUGCCUGAUUUACCCUCUCCCUUGGCGGUCAGGGAUAGUACCAGUACCACCAGAUAUUUAUCACUCUUCAUAUACCAAACUCACGAAAAACUGGUCACCAAUUCCUCACUGGCUCUGGGUCUCAUCGAGGCUAUCAAACUAGCACCGAGCUAGAAGGCGUGUCAGUGACGAGUCUGG